AUGCAGACUGCUUCUACAAACAUUUGGGAAAGACUGUGCAAUAAACCCAUCAGUGAAAUUUCCUUGCUACUAAAUAUUCCACGGUCAACAGUUGGUGGUAUUAUAACAAAGUGCAAGCAAAUGGGAACAACAGCAACUCAGCCACAAAGUGGUAGGCCACGUAAAAUGGCAGAGUGGGGUCAGCGCAUGCUGAAGUGCACAGUGCACAGAAGUCGGCAACUGUCUGCAGAGUCAAUAGCUAAAGACCUCCAAAAUAUGUGUGACCAUCAGAAUAGCACAACAACAGUGUGUAGAGAGCUUCAUGCAAUUGAUUUCCAUGGCUGAGCAGCUGCAUCCAA